AUGGCGGCGACGGUGGCGCUGCGCACGGCGACGAAAGCCGCGCCCGCCGGGGACGACGACGCGUCCUCGGACGGCGACGCGUUGGACGGCGACGACGGCGACGGCGCGUCCUCGGACGACGCGUCCUCGGACGAUUUCGCGUUCCGCCCGCGGAGCGCCGGCGGGGACGACGAAGCCGCGGCGGGGGCUCGCGGCGAGUCAUCGGAGACCAAGAGCGGCGCUCUCCUCGAGCCGCCGUCGCCGGCGAACGCGUGGUUCGCCGCCUCGGCGCAGGGGUACCAGCCCCUCGCGUCGUCGCCGUCCGGGACCGUCGUGGGGUAUCCGGUGCGCGGGUUCGUCGAACCGGCGGCGGCGUCGACGUCCGAGUUGAUGCGUGAGCUUCAGAACGCGGAGAAACGCGCGGCGGCGGCGGAACGACGCGCGGAGGAGGCCGAACGACGCGCCAUCACGGCCGUGGACGUCGCGAAGUUCGCGGAAACGCAAGCAGCGGAGGCGUUAGAAGCCGCGGCGGCGGCCGCGGGGGAGUGCGACGGCGUCGCGCGGCGACUCGCGCAAACCAACGCCGCGCUCGCGGAGCAGAGCGCGAAAGCGUUCUUGCUCGAGGGCAGAGUUCGCAUGCUGGAGGAGACCGCGGCGGCGGCGCAGGCGAACGCCGCGGUGGAGCGCGCGGAGGAUUACCUCUACCGCUCCGCCGCCGCCGCGCCCGGGGACGAGGGUGGUAAGAACGCGCUUCGGCGGUCGAACAUUUUCGGCGGGAGCACCUCUCCCACGGACCCCCCCACUCCGCCGCCGGCGGAGAAGACGGAGAAGCAGCUCAAGCGCGAGGCGGAGAAGCGCGCGAAGAAGGAGGCGGAGGCGGCGAAGAAGGCUGCCAAGCUCGAGGCGCGGCAGAUCCGCGGCGCGUCCUCCGGCGCCGCGAUCACCGUCGGCGUGGUCCCGCACCCGCCCGUGGACCUCGAGCCGCCGUCGGGAACGCGCGAUUUCUACCCGGAAGACAUGCGCCUGCAGCGAUGGCUCUUCGACAAGUUCCGCGCGAUCGGCGACGCGUGCGGAUUCGAGGAGUACGACGCGCCCGUGCUCGAGCGCCAGGAGCUCUACAAGCGCAAAGCGGGGGAGGAGAUCACGUCUCAGAUGUACGCGUUCGUGGAUCAGGAAGGCCACGAGGUGACGCUGCGGCCGGAGAUGACGCCGUCGCUCGCGCGGAUGGUGUUGGGCCGAGCGCAGUCGCACGUGCUUCCGCUGAAGUGGUACAGCGUGCCGCAGUGUUGGCGGUUCGAGACGACGCAACGCGGGCGAAAGCGCGAGCACUAUCAGUGGAACAUGGACGUCGUCGGGUGUCCGAGCAUAAACGCGGAGGUGGAGCUUCUGUACGCGAUAUGCGCGUUCUUCACCUCCAUCGGCAUCACGUCGAAGGACAUCGGGAUCAAGAUCAACUCGCGGAAGGUGAUGGCGAGCGUGCUGAAGGCGAUGGGCGUGAGCGACGACGCGUUCGCGCCCGUGUGCGUCGUCAUGGACAAGUUCGAUAAGAUCGGCGCGGCGGCGACGGAGGAGGAGCUCGUGUCGACGCAAGGGCUCGACGCCGCGACCGCGAAGAAGAUCGUGUCGUGCCUCCAGUGCGCCACCGUGGACGACCUCACCGCGCUGUGCGGCGACGGCGUCGACACCGGCGGCGUCGACGAGCUCAAGAAACUCUUCGAGCUCGCCGACGCGUACGGAUUCGGCGACUGGCUCGUCUUCGACGCGUCCGUCGUUCGAGGGCUCGCGUACUACACCGGCGUCGUGUUCGAGGGGUUCGACCGCGCCGGGGAGCUGAGAGCGAUAUGCGGCGGCGGGAGGUACGACCGGCUGCUGUCGCUGUACGGCGCCGGCGCGGCGAUGAAGACCGCGUCGCUGAUGCGCGCGGGGGGCGCGAAGGUGGAUUUGCUCCUGGAGCCGAAGAAGAAGGUCACCGCGACGUUCGAUUACGCCAACAGAGUCGGCGCGAGGUACAUCGUCUUCGUCGCGCCGGCGGAGUGGGAAAAAGGGGAGGUGCGCGUGAAGGAUCUGAGGCUCGGGGAGGACGUGGACGACGCGCUGAAGCAGGUGGACGUCGCGGUGAAAGAUCUGGGGCGCGUGCACGACGUGUUGGACGCGUGGGCGCUGUCGAAGGAGAUGGCGGCGCGGGCGACCGUGAGCGACGAGAAGACGGAGAACUGACGACGACGAGGCGCGAUCUAUUAUCAUAACUUACUGUGCGCCGGCCUCGCUGUCCCCGCACGAUUGAAUAUCAUAUGCGACAAAUGAUUC